UUUCUGUGCUUAAAUAUUAUACUCAAUUUUUUACAGAGUGGUAAGACUACCAUAUCAAAUUUUCUGGCAGAUGCAAGCGACAUUCCUUUGGAUUAUAGACCGACUAAGGGUGUCAGAAUUCUAGAGUUUGAGACACAGAACAUAAAUGUCAAGAAUAAAUUCAUGAAGGCCGAUGUAGAAUUGUGGGACUGCAGCGGCGAUCAUAAAUUCAAGACUUGCUGGCCAGCUAUAAGAAAUGGUGUCAACGGUGUCAUAUUUGUACAUAAUGCUAAAUCACAUGAUUAUCUUCAUGAACUGGACCAAUUGUACGAUUAUUUUGUCAAUCAAACCAAGCUCGGUCCAACAAAUUGUGUAAUAUUUUGUUACAACAAUGAAAACUUAGUCAUAACUCCAGGAAAAAUGUCAUCAAAACUCGCUCGUGUAUCACAAGUGAGCUGCAAUGUAGAAGAGGGUGCAAAUAAAUUGAAAGUCGAUUUUCAAUCAUUUUUGGGAACACUGAUGAGCAAUUUGCAGGAGCACACAGAUCAAGAAGAAAUUAGCAUUAUACGAGACAACAUACUCUUUACCACGUAAACUUCCUUAGUACGUAAUGGAAAGUAAGACACUUCCCUAUUCUCCAAGGAGAAUAAUCAAAUGCAAAUCAUCGAUUUUAACACUUACAGCGUGACUGUAAUUGCAUUCUGCAUUACCAAGAUUUAUACUAAAUGAUUCGUUCAUGUUCACAAUGGUGAAA